AUGGGGCUAGGUAAGACCGUUGAGUGCAGUGAGAGGGGGAAGAAAGGCGAGAAGGGAGAGGAUGGCGAGAAGGGGGGCGAGGGGAGCAGGAAGAAGAGGAAAGGGACGAUGGGGUGCGAGAGGACGGCAGCACAGAGCAGCAAUGGGCGCGGCAGUGGCGUUAAGGUGGUGACGGGGGAGCAAGGAGAGGGCAUGGAGGGCGGGGAGGAGGGGCGUGUGCUGACGCCGUGUGGGAGCACGCUCAUCGUGUGUCCGGCGGCCAUUCUUCCCCAGUGGCGAGACGAGAUUGUGCGCAACACCCGUGCAGGCACAGUGAGCGUGCUCAUCAUUUCCUCGCCUGCCUCCUCGGGUGAUGAGGGGAUAGAGGGGGCCUUUUGUGGUAAGGCAGGAGACGGGCGUGAGGGAGGGCGAGGAGGGGGUGGAAAGGGGAAGAGGCAGGUGGAUUGGGGGGGAAGGGAGCAGCUAGAUGUGGAGGAGUGCAGUGCGGUGUGGGAGGAGGUGGAUGAAGUCACGCCUCAUGAUCUCGCAGCUGCUGACAUAGUGCUGGUGUCAUAUGAAACGCUCAGUGGCGACAUCUGGCACGAUGGGCCCUCAAGAGUGUUGCGGCAUAAGAAGAGGUACGAGGCCCGCCCCACUCCCCUCACACGUCUGCACUGGUGGCGGGUGUGUCUGGACGAGGCGCAGCUGGUGGAGGGCGGAACCUCCAGAGCAGCAGUCAUGGCGGCCCGCCUGUCAGCGCAGCACCGGUGGUGCGUGUCGGGCACUCCCAUUCAGAAAGGCCUCCCGGACCUGCAGAGCUUGCUUCGGUUCCUCCGUGCCUCGCCAUUUGACCUGCCGCAGUGGUGGUGCGAUUUUUUCGAGAAACCUAUUGAGGCUGACGUGGCGGACGAGCUAGCGCUGCCACCUCAGCGGCAGCUGCUGACGGUGCUGCGGUUCAGCGCCAUCGAGGCGCACUUCUACCGCCAGCAGCACGCCAAUUUCCUGGCGUCGCUGCUGCUGCUGCGGCAGGCCUGCUGCCACCCGCAGGUUGGCUCGGGGGGGCUACGGCGGUUGAACUCGGAGCGACCCAUGCACAUGGAUGAAGUGCGGCAGGUGCUGUUGGAGAAGGCGUGUGUGGAAAAGGAAGAAGCGCAGCGACUGCUCGUCUCCGCCCUCAACAGCCUUGCUGCUCUCCACGCCCUCCACGCCCCGGCACUCCCUCUCCUCUCCUCGUCUCUCCACUCCACUGCUUCUUCGCACCGCGCUUUUGAGAACUUCGACCAGUGGGCCCCCGGGGCGGUGCAGGCAGUAGGUUUCUACCGCGAUGCAUUGCGAGUCUUGGAUGCGGAUGGAGUGCAGCACAAGAAUGGCGACGGGGAUGGCGAUGCAGAUGGGGAUGAGGGCGGCGCAGGUACAGCGGAUAUGUCUCUCUCCGCCCCUGGCCGCGCUCGCCAGCGCAACGCCCUCCUGCAGCGCUUGCACGUGCUGCACAACCUGCACUCGCUGCUCGCCCUGCUGCCCUCCGCCAAGGGAGGAAGCCACGGGCACUGUGGUGGAGCGCGGAGCAAGAAGGGGUGCAGUGAGGUGGAGGCAGGUGGCGAUGGAACAGGUGUGGUGGUUGCACGGACACUGAGGGAGGAGAGGCUGGAAGGGGAGAUGGAGGAGGUGAUGGCGAGGUAUAUGGCUCCUUAUAGGGCUCGUGCUGCUGCUGCCAAGAAGGCCUUCGAGGACAUGCACUCACAGGCGAGUCAUAUGGGAGAGUAUGUGAGAUGGUGUGAUUUGCGCACAGGCAGCAUCAUCACUCACUUGCAGCACACGCUACUGGAUGAUGAUAAGUGCAGCAGCGUGGAGACGAGGAACAUGACCAGCCUUGCUCGCAGCUUCCCCACCCUGCGCGGCCUGCUUGUUGCGCUUGGAGUGCAAGUGGCUGGGCUGAUGAAAGGCAGGCAAGAAGCGCUGGAGCGAGUGGUGGAGGCGGGCAGCAGGGUGGAAGGGGAGGCCGUGGGAGGCAGUCUCGUGGCACAGGCAGGCUCGUGUGCACGCUGCAGUGCUGGGCAAGAGGAGGGUGGGGCCGAGGAUUCCGGGGCUGAGGAGGAAGGCGUGGCUGAGGAGGGCGGGACUGAGGGCGUUUUGGCUGGUGGAGUGGGUGGCGAGAUGGGAGCAGGUUGGGGAGGAGGCAGUGAGCUCUGCAUGCAUUGCCACGCGCAGGACGUGCUUGAGACCAUUUUUCCCUGUCGUCCCACCAUCCCAUCCCACCCUGCCAGCGUUACGGGCGCCGUCUUAUCCAACUACAACUCUCAUCAGCCCCUGAUUUCAUCGCCUCCUCCCAUCCCACUCUACCUUCACGACAUUUCCUGCUCCCUCUACAUCUCGCGGCCCUAUUUCCAUGUCCGAAUCGGCACGGGAAGUGCGCAACAUACCACAGGUUCCAGCCACAGCAGCAGGGUGGCAGGAGACGAAGGGGAGGGGCACCAGGGGCAGCAGGAGGAGGGGGGGAAAUGGAGGCGCAGGGGAGGAAGGAGAGGGAGGAGCUUCGGUGGAGUGGAAACCAGCAGACACGGCAAGGUGUUUGGCUAUUCUGCCUUGGGUGCUCGCAUCACUGCCUGA